CGGAAGCGGCGGCGUUGGCGGCGCGAGGCUCAGAAUUAACAUGCUCUGGUUUCAAGGAAAUAGCAUGCAACUUGCCAAAUCCUCCUUUGGACUCUUCUUGAGAAAUCUCUCUGCCUCUAAGACAACUCUGCCUGUGCUAACCUUGUUCACAAAGGAUCCAUGCUCCCUUUGUGAUGAAGCCAAGGAAGUACUCAGGCCUUAUAAAAGCAGGUUUAUUUUACAGGAGGUGGACAUCACACUUCCAGAAAACUCUGCUUGGUAUGAAAGGUAUAAAUUUGACAUUCCCGUCUUUCACUUGAAUGGCCAGUUUCUGAUGAUGCAUCGAGUAAACAUCUUGAAACUUGAAAAACAGCUCCUGAAACUUGAGCAGCAAGGUGCUGGAGGCUGACUGAUGCCCUCAUGAUUUUCUACCCUCUCUGACCAUAAGGCAUCUUCCUGAGGAAAUGACCAUGACCUCAUACUCCUUUUGUCACUUUCACAGAGCCUUAAGGAUGUUCUGAACUCACUGGUGCCAAAUAAAUGUUGACAUUCCUCUUCUGAUUGAUGGAAGUACCCAUGUGGGAACUAUUUACUUAUUGGCAUUUUAUAAAAUAAGAGGAGUAUAGUGGCAGUAGGGGGUUGCUGGAGGGAGGGAGAAGUACAUUUGUCUUAUUUAUUUUUCCCUUUUGUAUUAAUACAGAAGCACUUCACAGUCACUGGACAGAGCUGUUUUUAGGAGGAAGGCUCUGCAUUCCUGAUGCUGCCCUGGAGGGCUUAACUUUUAAAUGAAAGAGUAAAUGCUCUUACAUUCAGUAGAUAAAGUGAAAUGUGAAUUGUUAAUAACC